CAUUACGCCAAACAGAGAUAUGGGAAUUUUCACAAUGCUCUCGAUCACGCUCUGCCUCCCGUUUUUCUUCCUCUGUCUUAAAACUGCCUUUUCAUCCUCUUUACACCUCUGCUCUCAUGAGGAGGCUGCUGCUUUGUUGCAAUUCAAGACUUCCUUUCCCAUCAAUUACACUGUUUGUCCACCAGAUUAUUCUAAGACUGAGUCUUGGAAGGAAGGUAUAGACUGCUGCUCCUGGGAUGGGGUUAGCUGUGAUAAUGUCACAGGUCAUGUAAUUGCCCUUGAUCUCAGCGAUGAUUGCCUUUCUGGCACCUUUCCUUCGAACAGCACUCUUUUUCUCCUCAAAAACCUAAAGAGCCUCAAUCUUUCCUUCAAUGAUUUUAGGCUUUCCAAGAUUCCACCAGAAAUCAGUCAGUUUACUAGACUAAAGCAUCUUGAUAUCUGUUAUUCUGAAUUUUCGGGCCAAUUUCCAGCAGAAAUUGCUCACCUCUCAAAGUUAGUUUCUCUCAAUCUCUCUAACUUGUUCAGUUUUGAGUCUGAUACUGUGGUCGUUUCGUCUCUUGGUAAUUUGAUCCUUGAAACAACUACCUUGAGAAAUCUUGUUCAGAAUUUGAGUGAGGUGAGAGAACUUGUGCUUAGUGGAGUGAACAUGACAUCUGUUAAUCCUCGUUUCUUCAUUAAUCUCUCUUCUUCUUUGACUACCCUUGAUCUUCGUUAUAUUCAGUUAAGAGGAAACUUUCCAAACAGUAUUUUCCGCUUUCCAAAUCUCAAGAAUUUUUAUUUAAGUGGAUCUUUUGGAGAGCGAAACCUCACUAUUGAUCUUCCAAGUUCCAAUUGGAGCAGUCCUCUCCAACAGUUGUAUUUAUCUGUCAUGGAUUGCGGAAGGCGAUUGCCAGAGUCUAUAGGAGAUCUAAAGUCAUUACAGUAUCUGCAUCUUCACUGCAACUUUGAAGGUUCCAUUCCAGCUUCCAUAGGUAACUUAAGGCAACUUACCUCUCUUUACCUUUCCAAUAAUCAGUUUUCUGGUCCCAUUCCAGCUUCCAUAGAAGCUGACAUGUUCUCGGCGCUUCAAAAUCUGGAAACCAUCUUUCUUUCAUACAAUAAUCUGUCCUUGAGAAUGAAUGUCAAUGCCAACUUCACAUUACCCAAACUAACUGAUGUUUCCUUUUCUUCUUGUAACUUGAGUGAAUUCCCCAAUUUCAUAAGACAUUCAAACAGUCUGCAAAGCCUAGUGCUAUCCAAAAAUAGGAUUCAUGGAAAUAUUCCCGAAUGGAUAUGUGAAAAGGAUCAUCUCCAAAUUCUUGACCUUUCUCAUAACAAUUUAAGCGGGAAGAUUCCAAAUUGUCUUCCUAAGUCUCUCUCAGUGUUGAAUUUGCAGGCCAAUUACUUUAAUGGAAAUAUACCAUUUGGGUUUCCAGAGCGCUGUGUAUUACGAAAUCUCAACUUACAUGGAAAUCAAAUGGACGGGCUAUUACCAAGGUCUUUGGUGAAUUGUAGCAUGUUAGAGGUUCUAGACGUUGGCAACAACAGCAUACAGGAUACAUUUCCUCAUUGGUUGGAAUCUCUACCAGAGCUUCAAGUGCUUGUCUUAAGGUCCAACAAGUUCCAUGGUUCUGUGCAGAGCACCAAAGAAAGUCCAUCUUUUCCCAAGUUACGAGUUCUGGACCUCUCCAGCAACGAUUUUCUUGGUCCUUUGCCUCUUCAGUACAUGGAAAAUUUUAAAGCAAUGAUGGACUCUCAUGGACAGGAUGGUUCCCUUGAAUACAUGAUGGUGGCGCCAGGUGGCAAUUCUUAUCAAUAUUCACUGGUUGUGACAUUGAAGGGACACGACUAUGAGCUGCAAGGAAUCUUGACUGCAUUCAGUAGUAUUCAUCUCUCAAAUAACAUGUUUGAGGGAGAAAUUCCAGAUGUAAUUGGAAAGCUUAGUUCUCUCAAAGGACUUAAUCUUUCUCAUAACAACCUUACUGGUCAUAUCCCACCGUCACUAGGGAAUUUGACGAAUCUGGAAUGGUUGGAUCUCUCUUCCAACGAGCUGGCGGGGAAAAUUCCUGAUGAAUUGGUAUCUUUGACACAACUCUCUGUAUUGAAUCUUUCAAAUAAUCAUCUCGUCGGACGCAUACCACAAGGCAGUCAGUUCAACACCUUUGAAAAUGGUUCUUAUGAAGGAAACCUUGGACUGUGUGGAGUCCCAUUGUCAAAAUCUUGUGAUGGAAUCGGGACACCGCCGAGCUCCUUCCAAGAAAAAGAUGAGUUGUGGAGAUUUGGCUGGAGGGUUGUGGUGUUAGGCUAUGGAUGUGGAGUUGUUUUUGGACUGUUGAUGGGAUAUCUUGUCUUCCGAACAGGAAAACCAAAAUGGUUUGUGUCUUUGUUUGAUGGCCGACCAAGUCAAAGUGGAAGGAAGAUGAGGAAAGCUAGAAGACUUGUUCCAAGAAGAAGCUAGCUCCAGAGUUAAUGUCUUAGACCUUCUGAUUUAAUGUUUCCUGAAUAAGUGCUUUUUGGGUUAUGGCUGGCAUUGGCUUGUCUAAAAUUGUCAGCCUUCUCUUGACUUUAUUAUGCUUUGUAAUUUUGUCUUUCUUUAUUGUAAAAUAUAUUUGAAGGUUUAAG